AUGACAAGACCUGACAAUCAAGAUUCGAAACUCAAAGAAGAUAUCGAGAAAUGCGAAAUAUCGGCCAAAAUCGAUUUGAGUAAUCGAGCAUUAGCUGAUCAAGAUAUAAAUAUAAUUGCUGAAGGUGCAAUCAUCAACACGCGGUGUUCAUCUCUAUGGUUGCAUGAUAACAUGCUCAUAAUACAAGGUACUCGAAUUUUAGCAGAUAGCAUAGAGAAUAAUAAUACGUUACAAAAAUUAUUUCUCGAUGGUAACCAAAUAAUGGAUAUUGAAGUACAUUAUUUGUCACUCAUUCUGAAUCGUUCGGCUCUAACAUCAUUGAGCCUUUCAGAAAAUAAUAUUACAGAUCAAGUCGCCAUAGAUCUUGCUGAAACACUCAAGACUAAUCGGACAUUGCGACGUUUCUGGCUUUAUCACAACCGUUUCGGUGACGAUGGAAUGCAAUCGUUUGCUGAUACAUUAACACGACACAACACCACACUCGAAUGGUUAGAUCUUCGUUCGAAUAAAUUAGUUACUGAUGCCAGUGUUGAUGCUUUAAUAUUAAUGCUUGAGUCGAAUCAUUCAUUAAAGAAAUUCUGGAUGGAAUAUUGCAAUCUAUCUUAUGAAUGUAAAGCAAAACUUCGACAGCUAGCGAAAUCAAAGACGAACUUUGAUUUAGGUGCAUAA